GCGGGUCCUAGCGCAGGAGCACGAGAAGAGCAGGCGCCACGGGCUGUAUUUUCGCGGCGCAGGUCGCGGCUUGGGUUCUUCCAGGUGGACGCUCCGGGGAAACAAAUUUGUCUCCGCGCGCGGCCGACUUUCGUCGACGAAGUCGGGUGCCGGAAAAGCGACCAAUACAACUACAAAAGAAGAAGAACGCGGUGACAGCAGGAGUGUUGGUUUUCUCGCGAAAGAAAAGAUGAUGCGGGUCCAGGACAAUUUUGCUGGUGUUGAUUACGAUCUUGAUGAUGAAGAAGCAGACUACCUUGAGAAGCAGUUCGAAAGUAUGACCCUGCAAAAAUCGCCCGUAUUAGAUCUCCUGGAAGACGCCGACCGAAUGGGACGAGAACACUUGAAGUUUUUAGGUACAGCGAUUUUGUUCGAGCGUGUUGCUCGACCCUUUCUUCCUGCUUUUGUUGGUACGUUUGUUCGAGCGUGUGAGAUUUGCUUUUCCUCCUCUUUCAAACUUGACCUGAUUUCAUGCAAAAAAAAGCCUUUGCAUGCCAAGUCUUCAUUUUGGUACAGCAACUUCUUCUACAGAGCAACGUACUUCUGGAGCACAAGGACAGCAGGGUAGUGACUCGUCAGCUUCCCCUUCCACGAUGAGCCAAGGACAACAACAGCCUUCGGUCGGUUUAAAAACUUCAGCUACCGGAAGUAAAGCCCGGGCGGCGAUCGCACAGAUGAUGACCGAACAGGAACAAACUGGAGCAGGUGCUUUAUCUUCCUCACACAAUGCGGCCAACAAGCCGCGGCUGCAGUUAGGACCCAAUCUUCGGGAGGACUACACCACCGCUACAAGCGGUCCACCUGCGCUGAAUGUUGACCAUGAUCCUGCUACCGCAAGCUCAAGCACCGGAGCAGCAGGGAAACAACACGAACAAGCAGAAGCGGACGAUACGGCUCAGCAACAACAUCAGCCCGUUCUACGUACUAACGACUUGGUUGGCGUCCGGGGGUUGGCGCUUCUGAAAAACCUGGCGGGAUCUUCUUCGCAGCACGGGGGCAGCAUUACGACUGCAGCGGAAGCGACCGAGCCGAGUGCAGUAAAGUCGUUCCCCUGGUUGUCCGACCGGUACUUCCAAAGCGACCCGGGGGUGGGUCUCAGCACAUCACGAUUUGAAAGCUCAACAUCGCAUCUCAACAUUGCUGGUGCAAAAAACGCUGGCGGUUCGUCUUCCUCGUCUUUUCAACAGCCUGGCGCAGGCGCAGCUGCCAAAACACCUGCUCUACCAGAACUUCCGCCUGAUCGCAAUGGCUACCUGUACGCGAGAAGCCUGCAUAGUAAGAGUGAGAGCACGGGUAUACUUCCGCUCGGAAAAAUGAAUAGCGGAUCAGCAUCAGCGCCAGGACUUUUGCCCGCCACUAUGUAUCUCUACGUGCACACGAAGCUGCAGCCGAGUCGACCGACGGUCCCGGGCACUGGCUCUGAAGACGAAAGGACAAGGAGUUCUCUGGGGAGCGAGCGACAUCAAGUGCGAGGAGGUACUAACACCACCGAGCCGGCGCAGGGGAGUUUUCUUGCUCCUGUUGCAGCUGCAGAAGAUCGGAAUGUUGUUCCUGUCGACCACCACGAGGACACGAGUCAACUUCGCUGCAAUGGCGAUAGCGAAACGGUCGCUGAUGAUGUACAAGCGGUGAAGAUUCCAUUGGUGUUCAGCUCCACGAACGAUGGCUCCUUUUACCGCAUAGUUGAUUUGCCUACCAAACUUGACAAACGUGGUAUUUCGCCCCUCGACGCGGAGUUUUUGUACUAUACCAAAUACGCGGAGCUGUUGAUGGAGCAAAUAUCCGCCGAGUUCACCGCUAGCAUGUCGUAUCAGGACCACCACGCGGGGGGGCAAGAGAUGGCGACCUCGGAGAUAAUUUCCACCCGGGUGACGUCCUCCGCAGCGGUGAACCGCUACGCACGAACCGGCAGGGCUACAGCAAGGCGGAACGCGGCAGCAGUUCCUCCGCCGAUUGACGGGGCUUGUUGGCCCUCGCAGGAUGAUCAGAAUUCUGAUUAUGAUUCGGAUUUUUUGAAGGAUCGCCCUCGCGAACAGCAAGAUUAUUACGGCAAUGGGCUCGAUCCAGCACUGAUGAACGACGAGACGAGGGCUUGCGAAAAAUGGGAAGAUAGGUGGGGGCGAGUCGUAAAAAUGGAGUACGACACUCCCCACCCGGAAUUGUGUCGCGGGGGUGGUUAUGUAUCGCAAAUAUGUCUGGGUCUGGAAAGGUAGCGAGGUUUGUCAUGCUUCUCUCGCAUGGCUCUCGAAUCUGUAACGCAGCUUGUCAUGCGGAACACGAAGUACAAAAACAAAGGAGCCCAGAAACUUGUCAUGUGGGGCUACGUAUUGCAGUGCAUUCACCACUCACGUAAAUCAGCAUCAUAAGUUGGGGAGCACUGAUAGAUAAAACGGUAGCAUGCACAGGGGAGAGUGGCCCCUGUUGCAAUGCUGACCUUUAAAGAAAGAGAAAGAUCAUGAAGAUCCGUAUCGUACAAGCAAAAGACCCACGCACUGCAGGGCGGGAUCCGUAUCGUGAAAGAUCCAGUAGUUUUUCUAGGCUAUGUUGUGCCCCUUACUAGCUUGCCGUCGAGUAGAAGUAGAGCUGAUUUUAUUACAAUUGCCGCCUUUGCGAUAUUUUAAUUUUUAGCGGACCCCGCCAAAGUACCCUCAUGCUUUUCCCGAGUAAAUUCAUUGCAACGAGAAACAUCCCCUUCCUGCUUCGGCACACCCCAUCUGCCUAGUCGCCCCUGGGUAGAUGUGGGAAUUUUUUGUGUGGGCUUCUUCCUGCUUAAUUAAUCCGACAGGGGCUACGUUUUUUUUUUUCUGUCUUGCCAGCAGAGUAGGGGUUGGGGAACUAAACAGGGAUCGACAACAAAGUGCAGGACCAGAGGACAAGAACCGAAAAGGUACAAAUCGGGAAAAAAUGCCGUAUACCCGCGUAACCUGGUAUGUGAAUUGUGCUACACUCUUCACAUUUCAGAGAUCGCACCCGCUCGCACAAAAAAAAUUAGAUAGUGAAUGAUGAAAAGUUUCAAUUUGCGAGCCAAUAAAAAAAAAAAAAAAUCAGCAUCAUAAGUUUUCAACAGACCCAGACAUUUUUGCAUGUGAUAGAAGUGGUCCUCGCGGGAUGCCGCCGGUGUCGCCGGAGCUGCGGGAGUUGUUGAUGCAGAAAGGAGGUAUUACCAGCUACAACUCUCCUUGUUCUCCACAAUUUCAUUUUGACACAUCACAGCAGCAACCGUUUUUGGUGCCGAGUGAUAGUGACGCAAGUACAUCUUCGCACGGAAGUGGAGCCGAGGCUGCUGCUACCGCAACAGGCACGACGGACCAGCGUCAACAGAAAGAACGAAGCCGCUGUGCUCGUGUGGACCACGCGUGCAAGAUCGAACACUGGCAGGGUAGUUCUUGUGCCAAGAAGGAUGCAGCUACCGGUGAAAAUCAAAAUCAUUUUCCGACACAACUUUUCGCGGAGUUUCAGCUGAACCACUUCGACCCGGAGCCGGAGGAAGACGUUUACGGAAUAACCAACGGCGGAUUUCUCUUCUUUUCCGGGUUCAGUUUGCGAUCCGCGGGUCGUACCGGUGACCCUGACCCGCCCGGGAGAAAUGAGGAGCAACAACUUGUUUCUGACCACAGCUGUGGUAAAACUUCUACAGGCAACUUCCUAGAAGUGCCGGGUGGUGCUGUUCGCGUUGCACAACAAGAAGUAGACCAACUGCUCUCGUCUCCAGCGCAAGUUGUUCCGAAGCUGCAGCAAGAUGUUGAAACAAUGCAAAAGAAAACUCUUGCUCCCAGCGCACCUGCGACAGCGACCAGUGAACGAAGCGCUUAUCCUCUUGCUCCUUCUUCGUCCUCUGCGCACAAGAGCGUGAACAUUCCUGAACAUUCUGGAGAGCAAGAAACAAGCAGCUCGCGGGUAGACCAAGUUUUUGACCAGCUGGCCAAGUUUGUUGUCGCAGACAGGGCGGUCACGACGGACAAUGGCCGCGGAGUAGAGCAGGAGAAACAACGACGCGAUCAGGAAAGGCGAUUAGAAGGAGAAGAUGAAGAAAACUACAAGGAGGAAGAGCGGCAAUUCGCCGUAGCCUCGAGGAGCAGCUUCGCCGACUCCGAGGGCGGGGGAUUCGGAGAUGAUGAAGCCGAGUCGUGUAGUUCUAGUUCUAGCGGCGAGUCGACAUCGUCUUCGCACUGUGGCAAUGGGGCGGCGUCGUCGAGCUAUGACAGUGCACAAGGAACUUUUUCCUCUCAGUUUCUCUGUGAUGCAAAACACCACCCGACUCAGAGCCAAACCGUAGUACUAGUGUUUUAGCACACUUUGCAUGUAGUUGACAAUUACUAUGGGAGGUUGGACCCCAAUAAACAGAGACAGUUCGGCUUUGUAGUUGUUCCACGUCUGCUGUGGAGCUCUUGUCAUGCGGAAGUUCCUGCAUUGUUGCUACCGCUUCUGUUGCUGUAGACGUGCUGCCAUGCGAAUGAGGAACUCUGUAUUUUUGUGCACCCGCAUAAGAGCAGUUGGAAGUGGAACGAUGUGACAAGCGAGGGGAUGUUGAACAAAAUACCGCACCAGUCCUCUGUCCAGGAUGUGUUGGCUGAACUGAGGAGACAGCAGCCAGCGCAAGGCUAUAUCGGCGAGAACAAGAUGGCAGCUCCGGCAAACGAAGAAGCAAGACUGCAGGCGAAUAUCCAAAGAAAAAGGUGUUUACAGUGUAAGUACACAACUAUGUAGCAACACAAGCUUGAUGGUCUGCAUGACAAGAACAAUUUGCAAUGCGGAGAACGCAAGCGGAUAGAACUAAGUAGUACACGACGCAUGAAAUUUUUAUAACUAGGCUCCUGAGCUGCAUGAGCAUCGGCAUCCCCCCCACGACCAGCAUGACAGCGCAGAUGUGUGUUGCUUGUCCUGCAACACAAUCACGGUGCGGCACUGUAAAGAUGUUUUUCUCGUCUGCUGCAUAUAUGCUGGCUUCGGUUCCGCAUCUACGCACCCGCCGUCUAGUUAUUUUUCAAGUAGCUCGGGAUUUUCCGCUUCCGUCCAACUCGCAUACCACCUAGAUGCUGAACUGCUUCAACCAAGAACCGACGGCGCAAUGAAGAACGCGACUGCAACUUCUACACAGCCUUGCAGCAGCAGCGUAGUAGAGUCGCCCGUGGGUGUGGGAGUGAUUGCUCGUCACGGGCAACAAUCCUUCGGGGCUGCGGACGAGCAGAGGGAUGCUGGUCAGGAAAAUGCUGGUGAGAAGUUGUAAACAAGGAUGAAGCAGACUUAAAUGAUUCGAACGAUUUGUCUGUUUCUCGCUCUCAAUAAAAGGAGGCUACAGGGAGCGUCUGUUUGUGUCUUGCGAGACAGAUGCUUCAAAAAUUACAGGAGCUUCUGCUUCAAAAAUUGCAGGAGCUCUUCCUUUUGUCUUGCGAGUGCACUUGAAGUUAUAGUUUUGUGCGCAUAAUGUUUAUGCGCGAGAGAGUCUGCAAAAGCGAAAGCGUGUCUUUCUACAUGAGCGCGAAAAUCAAUUAUCAGAAUUUCUGUACCCGGCGGCGCGGUUCAGCGUCGAUAGGAUAUCGCGCUAUCUGGAAGGCGAAAAUAUUUUUUGUUUUUUCAAUUAUGUCGGCCGAAUAUCAUGACCCUUUCUGGAACUCUGAUAAUAUACAGGCGACUCAAUUUCAUUUUACGACAUUUGAACGCCUUAGUCUCUACGCUUGAAUUGUCUGUUGCGGUUGUGGCACUGGUAGUUCUUAAAGUAAUAAACAAGGUCGUUCCAAAUGCAAAUGUAUUCUUGUUCUUCGGUUUAUUAUUAUGCUAUCCAAACCAGUGAAGAAGAAGAACUAAAACUGUAUGAACUGUGCAACAGACUGAUACUGAAGCACAGUCAACAACCUUGAUUUUGUGGCGCUUUUACUAACCUCUCGUUGUUGCAUUUCUACAUCGAGAAGCUUCAGGCCACCGCGUUGCUCUUUUGGUGUACAAAAUUUUUUACAUCUCCAUGAGCGCUAUUGAAUUCUUUUUUUUAGUUGUGCAGUAGCUAGACUUGCUCUGGAAGACCACACUUUUCCUUGAACACUUUCUACCGAAGAAUAUAGUCGAGUAAAUUAUUCGACGUGACAAAGCGGCCUGUGUCCGGUAAAAUAUUUGCUGAAGUUUUUUGGGCCUGAUGUUGGACCGCGUUUUUACAACUUCGGCUCUGUACUUGGCACAGGUCGUUUUGUUUUCCACCUCGAAAGUAGUAGUUUCCAAACAGAAAUGUAGAAAGAAGUAGGAGAACUCCGUAACACGCUCGGCUUCCAAAGGCUGGAUACUAAUUACUAAACUUGAUAAGUAGUACUUCGAUUUCCUGAUGAAGUCGAGAGCUUAAGUUUACUAGAACACUUUCUACCGAACGGAUAAUGAUAUACUGAAAUCGACGUGCCAAAGCGGCCUGUGUCCGGUUGAAUAUUUGCUGAAGUUUUUUGGACCUGAUGUCCGCGAUGCAACUUCGCACAGGUUUUGUUUUCCACCUCGAAAGUACUAGUAGUCUCCAAACAGAGAUGUAGAAAGAAGUAGGAUGGAGAACUCCGUAACUUGAUGAAGCCAAGAGAUUAAGUUUACUAGAACACUUUCUACCGAGCGGAUAUAUUGAAAUCGACGUGACAAAGCGGCCUGUGUCCGGUUGAAUAUUUGCUGAAGUUUUUUGGACCUGAUGUUGGACCGCGUUUUUACAACUUCGGCUCUGUACUUGGCACAGGUUUUGUUUUCCACCUCGAAAAGACAAAAAUGUAGAAAGAAGUAGGAGAACUCCGUAACAAGCUCGGCUUCCAAGGGCUGGCGCAACUUGAUACUUCGACUUCUUGAUCGUGAAGCAAAGACGUUAAAUACUUAGGAAUACAUAAGUACACGAAAGCUGCGACUCGAUAGACAUGCUGGCUGCAGCCACGCGACCCAUUGCCAUUCGGCACGACAACCCUUUAGCGGCGCGGGUCAAUGACCCGCAUCUACCUAGAUCAUUAAACACGCUUUGUACUUGAGCGGAUAGUCCAUUUGAUGUGUCUGUCCACUGUGAGAAGUACUUACACCACUUAUAGUUGCACACCAGCAACUACAGUCAUCUUUGAGUCGUGCCAGCGCUCGAAGAUAAAGCCAUGUGUCUCGAUUCUAUGACACGUCACCUUGUGCCACCUGUGCCGCCUCCUGUCGUGCUGGCGCACAGCACGUCGUGGUGCCGGUGGUGCCAAAAAGUGGGUAGUCGCUAUCUGCUUGCAAUUAAGUUCUUCAAGCGGUAUCAUGUAAAAAUUGAAGGAGCUCAAAGGUGACGUAAUUCACUUCACCUAGUGCAUUGCACUUCCUCGACAAGGACCACGACCAACCCUAAGCCCUAAACCCUGUCAAACAAUAUUGCAUUGUUUUACGUUUCCGUGUAUCGGUGCCGUUUCUUAUUGUUUUGAAAACAAAUUUUUUGUGCACUUCAAAAUUUUUUCGAGGAUACAACAAGAGCUUUUUUUUAGUAUGAUGUAUAAUCGAAGACGGAAUUCUUAUUUGCUUUUGAUUUUUGAGUUCUUAGAUGGUGUUUUAAUUGCAGGAAGUCCUGAAAACGUAAAGCGACUAUGAUUAUACGGUUGUAUUGGUGUAUCAAGAAACUUAAAAAGUCUGCCAAUUGCGAGGAAGAGUUGCAAAAAAAACCGUUAUUACUGUCUGAAAUUCGGCUCAUUUCGAUUUAAAUUUUUUGUUGGAUAUGAUCGUUGUUGUAUAAAAAAAGGAAAAACUCCAGCACGACCUCGUGAUAGUGGUUAUUCGUUCUUGAUGUUGAUUGUUGAUUCAUCGGAGAGAGAAUUCUAAUAGCGAAGUGAGAGUAGUAGUAGCGUCGGUUUCAAUUUUAUUGAAAUUCAAUAUCACAUUACAACUACAUGUCGCUGUCCUUUCCAUUCAUCCUCCAUUCCUG